AUAUAAAGGAGUUUUCCAGGUCCGUUCGGCAAUUCUAUCGGUAUUGCUAGUUGCCGCUCACAAGACGAAUGGCACGGAAGACAGACGUUUUCUGUUUGCUCUAGUUGAUGGUAAAAGCACAGACGCGGACCGUAGAGAAGAUCAGGAAAUGCGACUGGGCACCGUUGGCGCGUUGGGUAGCAGUUUUGGAGCCUUCAGAAAGCCAAUCCAUUCUUGUAUAUUAUUCUUCCCUUCUCCGACAGAGCAAAUGCACUUGUAGCAGCACUGCUACUUGUAGCACCAAAGUCGGAGAUCGUGUUGGACGUGCAACCCUAACUGCAUCCUCAUGUGGUAGUGUUGUAGCUGAUUAAUAUUGUGCGGGAGUCUCACGUCUGUGUCUUAUAAUAAUAUGGGCACAACGCAUUCAUCGCUUGAGCAGGGCAUUACAACUGUCGUCGCUCCGAGCCCGGACCCUGAUGACACCGAGGGCGCCAGCCAAGAGGCACAUGAAGAGACACUCCAAGCUCUUCGGGAGGUUGAGCGGCAUCUGGCUUGCUUAGGUGCCCAGCUGAGGCAGCUUCAGGAGGGAACAAGUACGGCAGUCGGUACAACAUUUGAAACGACAUCAGCACCCGCCAGACCACCACAAAACGGUUUGUACGACACAACCACUGCUUCUAUAAGUACCACCAACACCGCCGCUAGCACCUCCCGCCCGGCCCGACCUCCAACGCCAUCCCGCGUAGCUGCCAGUAAUACCGACUGGCUGGGCAUUGCAACGUACCUAUCCGAGGGUGACUCAG